AUGCGCUCACUUCAACGAUCAAUGGGUAAAGGACCGAUUCUGAAAAGGAAGGUGGUGGUGGUUUGGGAAGGACGAGCAGUGGUGAAAUAUAUAAGUGUAGGCGCAAAAGGGAGCGAAGGAAAUCCAAAGAGCGAAAUUCUCAGCCCACGUGAUAGGGAGAGAGGAGACAGCCAACUCAAACAGCAAGUUCCUCAGUCACUGCUGACUUCACCAACGUCAUCUGACGGAUCUUCCUACUCGCCGACGACUCUCAACGCGUUUGCCUCUUCACCGGAUCUUCUGCGAACGCCGUUGCUGUUCCCAUCGCAGUCGCCAGCGACCACAACCACGAACUCUCCUCCGGAAUCGGCUACGUUCGCCGCUGCUGCCGCUUCUAUGAUAGCAGCCCCAGUGCCAAUCAAUCCGGUCACCCCGUCAGGUUUCCCCUUUCCUCUGGUCAGCAACGAGUCCCUACUGCAGAGUCUGCUCGCCAACUAUAAACUUCUCGAGCAGUCUUCAGACUACCCCAUGGAGACUUCCGACUCAGUGGACUCACAAAUCAAUAAUGCGAUAAUUGAUGUAUGUAAUGUUUGA